UUCACCUCUCUGUGUCGGUCGGUCGUAGGGGUCCAGGCGCGCGUGGGGCGGGUGCGAAGGACGGGCUGCGAGAUGUGGACGAGCUGGUACUUGGUGGCUGCCUGGGCCCUGCUGGCUGCGGCUGCAGCUCAACGCAGGGCUGGCAGCAGAGGCCAGGGGAGCAAUCGCCGGAACCGACAGCCCUUGGUCGAGGGGUCCUGGAACUCCCAGCUGUACCCCCACUGGCAGGAGGGCGACCCCCGGCAGCAGAACUGCUGGAGAGGGGGCACCGUGACCUUUGACAUCAGCAACGACGCCCCCACCAUGACGGGCGCCAGGGCCACCUUCGCCAUCGCCCUGCGCUUUCCCGGCACCCAGAUGGUGCUGCCCGAUGGCCGGGUCGUGUGGAGCCAGAACUGCACCGUGAACGGUACUCGGGUGAGACAGGGUGAUGCUGUCUUCCCAGAGGAGCUGGGCGAGGGCCCUGGUGGCAUUUUCCCCGACGGGCAGUCCUUCCCCCCCAGCACCCACGGCAAGCGCAGAAAAUUCGUCUACGUCUGGCAGACCUGGGGGCAGUACUGGCAGGUGGUAGAUGGCCCCUCCUCGCUGCUGACGGUGGAGACGGCCGGCGUGCCCCUGGGCUCCUAUGCCAUGGAUGUGCAGGUGUAUCACUCCCGCGGGCACCAGAAGUUCAUCCCCAUGGGCCGGGCCACGUCCCAGUUCAGCAUCACGGACCAGGUGCCCUUCACCGUGGACAUGGCCCAGGUGCUAGACGUGGACCGGGGCGACCGGCGCUUCGUGCGGAACCGGGCGGUGGCCUUCAGCGUCCGGCUGCACGACCCCAGCCACUACCUGCAGGCCGCUGAUGUCUCCUACUCCUGGGACUUCGGGGACCAGAGUGGGACCCUCAUCUCCCGCGCCAGCACCGUCACCCACACCUACCUGGAGGCCGGUCCCGUCCGGCCCCGUGUGGUGCUCCAGGCUGCCAUCCCCGUGGCCUGCGGCAGCACCUCGCCGGCGCCGGCCGUGGACCCCACCACAGCCCCCCCGGUGCAGCCCACCUCUGCCUUGGCUCCAGCCAGCCUGGCACCCAGCGGGGGCCCCACGCAGACCCCGGCGCUGAGCAUGGUGCCUAUCACCACGGCCGAGCCAGCGACGCCCAUGGCAGGCCCGGCCUCCGUCCCUGCCAGCCCCGCGGAGCCUGGCACAGGCGCCACCCUCCCCAGUACUGCGACCCCGGCAGCCGCCAGUACCACAGCUCCCACCCCUGCCUUGGAAACCGGUACCAUGCCCACCGUGGCACCUGAGUCCGUGGUCACCAUCGUCGCCGCCGGCUCAGACCUGGCGGUGGCUUCUGUGGAUCUGCCGCUCCCUGCCUCUGUCUCUGCCGCCGGGGACCUGCCAGGCACCUCGCCACCAGCAUCUGCGUCCUCCGUGGCCAACGCGCCGGGCAUCUCGCCACCUACGUUUGCAUCCUCCGUGGCCAACCCUCUAGCCAGCGUGUCAGGAACCGUGGCCAACACUAGCUUGGAAGUGGCAGAUGUGGAUCCUGCCGCCCCCGAGACUCUGGUGCUGGCCAAGCGGCAGGCACCCGCCAGCUGCCUCCUGUACCGAUACGGCACCUUCUCGACGGAGCUGGAGAUCGUCCAGGGGAUCGAGAGCGUGGAGAUCAUCCAGGUGGUGCCACUGGCCCCAGCGGCAGGCGAGAACACCGUGGAGCUCACCGUGACCUGCCAGGGGAGCCUGCCGGACGAGGUCUGCACCACCGUCUUGGACCCCAUGUGCCUCACCCCCCAGCAGAGCGUCUGCAGCCCCGUGCCGCCAGCACCCGCCUGCCAGCUCCUGCUGCGCCAGGCCUUCAACCAGAGCGGCGUCUACUGCCUCAACGUCUCGCUGGCCAACCCCGCCAGCCUGGCCGUCGCCAGCACCCAAGUCAGCAUCCAAGGUGCCGAUCCCGCCGCACCCAGGAUCACACUCAUCGUGGGGCUCAUACUGGUGGCCAUGGCUCUUGGCGCCGCGUCCUACGCCUACUGGCGUGUGAAGUACAGACCCCUGCCUGCCGGCCCCACCCGCAGCCCCCUGCCCCGGGCCUGGCUGCCCGACCGUGCCACCCUGCGUCUCCUCCUGCGCCAGGCGUGGGGCACCGCGCCCACCGGUGAGAGCAGCCCCCUGCUGAGCGGCAACGUGGUGUAGAGACAGUGACACCCCCUAAAGGACCCGGCCCC